AUGUCAAGCUUUGAAGUUUUGAAGCUUGGAAUCCACUUCCCAAAUUGCCGCUUACGAUACCCCGCCAACAGCUGCUACAACUCCACCUGGCCAGAGCUUAGGGAGCAAGUUGGAAGAUUCCUCCUUUGUGUGGGGAGAAUGACGAUGGACGUGAAGGCGGGGGGUGCCAAAGGAGGGGCACCUACGCCGAACACAGGAACGCAGGAGUGCGCCGGCUGCGGCAAACACAUAACAGAGAGGUAUCUCUUGAAGGCCUUGGACCUUUACUGGCAUGAAGAUUGCCUUAAAUGCGGUUGCUGUGAUUGCAGGCUAGGAGAAGUUGGUUCAACUCUAUAUACCAAAGCCAAUCUCAUACUCUGUAAAAGGGACUAUCUUAGGUUAUUCGGAAACACGGGCUAUUGUGCGGCUUGUACCAAAGUGAUCCCAGCCUUCGAGAUGGUAAUGAGGGCAAGAAACAACGUCUACCACCUGGAGUGCUUUGCGUGCCAGCAAUGCAACCACAGGGGCUAUUCCGGGUCGUCCUGUUACGCAAGACAAUGGUCUAUAUUAAAUAACCCAGUCAUGCGGGUGACAAGCUCAUGUCCGUCAGAGGCAGUCCGAGGCUCUUUUAGUUCCCCGUCUCUUCCAUGGGAUCCGAGUAUUUUUGACAACUACCGAAAUCGGACGAAGACCACAUCCAAGCGGGCAGAUAUAGAAGAAUCGUUCAGAGGAACCGGAUUGCUUUGGUUCCAAAAUUAG